AUGGAUAACACUUCCAUGUCAACAAAGGCUAAGGAGUGGGUACUUGUUUAUUCAGACAUCCUGAUAGCAGACAGUAACAUUUCUACUUAAUAUUCAAGUGUCCCAUGACACAGAAAGACCUGUCUAAAAUAUCUCUAAAUUUCACAUCCUAAGAAAUCAAUAUCUAAUUUCCAUUAAAAUAAUGAAGGCAAGAAAUCCUUAUGCUUUAGACUCAAGAGUAAUAAAAAAACAAACCAAUUUUUCAUUGUGAUAAGCAUUCAAUCAAUCUCUAUCUGA